AAUAAUAAGCAGCCCAGAAAAACUCAUCAACAGUAUCUCUUCUCUCUAUAUAUAAACCAAUCUUUGUACACCUAUUACCUUCAUACAACAUCUGAUAUACAGUUAUCUUCUUAUUAACUAUGGAAUUCUUUCUCACACCCUCAAUACUCAUAACUAGUUUUAUUAUUUCGUCUCUUGCUUUCAUUUUCUUUACGUUUAAACACCAAUUACCUGGUAGUAAUCAUAACCUUCCUCCAGGAAGCAUGGGGUGGCCAAUAAUGGGUGAAACACUUGAGUUCUUGUUUGGGAAGCCAGAAACUUUUGUCUUUAAAAGAAUGGAGAAAUAUUCUCGAGAAAUAUUCAAGACUAAGAUCCUUGGAGAGAAAACAGCAGUCAUAUGUGGCCCUAAUGGACACAAAUUUCUCUUCUCAAAUGAACAAAAGCUAUUCAAAGUAUUCCGUCCUCAUUCAAUGCAAAAGCUUUUCCGUUCACAUCAGUCAAGUAAUAUGCCGCCGGCCACAAGUGAACAGGAGACAAAAUUACUCCGGUCACCGGCUUUUUUAAAACCGGAGGCAUUAGUAAGAUACUUGGGGAAAAUGGAUUCUGUCACACAACAACAGAUGCAAAAUGAUUGGGAAGGAAAAGAUUCCGUCAUGGUUAAUCCUCUUGCAAAGACACUCACUUUGUCUCUGGCUUGUCGAUUCUUUUUAGGAAUUGACGAUCCAGAUCGCAUAUCAAGACUUGUUGGUUACUUUGAUGAUAUAACAGUAGGUUUGCAUUCUGUUACUGUAAAUUUUCCUGGAACUAUUUUCUACAGAGCUAAAAAAGCUGUCUCUGCAAUUCGCAAGGAGUUGGUAAGUGUUGUUAAAGAGAAAAGAGUUGCGAUUUCGAUAUCAGGAGCUCCGUCGCAAGAUAUUCUUUCCCACAUGAUUGUUGCUACUGAUCUUUCUAGUAAAUGUAUGGCAGAGAUUGAAAUUGCAGAUAAAAUUAUGGGUCUAUUGACUGCUGGUUAUAGUACUGUAGCUACGGCUAUAACUUUCUUCAUGAAAUAUGUUGGUGAGAGACAUGAUAUCUACAGCAAGAUUCUUGAUGAGCAAAUGGAGGUGGCUUCAGCUAAAAAAGCAGGGGAGUUGUUGCAAUGGGAAGACAUACAAAAAAUGAAAUACUCAUGGAAUGUGGUGAAUGAAGUAAUGAGGCUUACACCUCCACUUCAAGGAACUUUUAGAGAGGCCAUAACUGACUUUACAUAUGCUGGUUAUACUAUUCCAAAAGGGUGGAAGAUAUAUUGGACAGUAAGUACGACAAACAAGAAUCCAGAGUAUUUCCCCAAUCCAGAGAAAUUUGAUCCAUCAAGAUUUGAAGAUAAUAAAUCAAUUCCUCCAUACACAUUUAUACCCUUUGGAGGAGGACCCAGAAUGUGCCCUGGAAAAGAGUAUGCUAGAUUGGCAAUUUUAACUUUCAUUCAUAAUGUAACGAAGAGAUUUAAAUGGGAAUUGGAAUUUCCUCAGGAAAAGAUUAUUGGUGACAUGAUGCCAACCCCAGAAAAGGGUCUUCCUGUUCGCCUUCAACCGAUUCAGAAAGCCUGAAUUUUUAUUACUUGUCUAUACCGGGUGUAUAUAGGUUACCACUAAUCUCCCCAAUGUUAGUGGUAAUUCAAAUACACCUUAUAAAGAAAUAUGAUAAGGGCUUUCUUGUUCUAGUCAAGAUUUUCAUUAGUAGAGUGACACAAACAACAUUGUCUGCCAUAAACUUUCUUGAAUUUACUGUGUAUAAUAAUUGAAAGUUUGGUUCAUAUUGUGCUUAGUGCUUACUGACUUAAUUUCAUAUUAAUUUUGAAUGGAAGUAAUAAUAAUUUGUUUUAGGC